AUGCCAUCAACAGAAGUUGACACGUCAUCCACAACUCCCGUGCAGCCGGAGAAAGAGGUGGAGAAGUUCCAAGAGACGGAAGAAUCAAACUGCGGAGGAAAACAUUGCAAAGAUACGAAGACUGAAACGAUCAAGAAGACCACAGGGGAAUCGGAAAAGACAGAAAAAGAGAAGUUUCUAGAAACUGAAAGCAAAGACGAUGCGAACACUCCGCCAGGAACUAAAGAGGAAACUGAUUGCAACAUGGAAGAAAAACUCGCGGAGACGAAGGAAAACAGGGCUGAAAACUCCAAACGAAAGUCGAAAGAGUCAAGUAACGAAAUAAAGGAAGAGAAAAGUCCUCCCAAGAAAAGGAAGUCUUCUUGA